CACUGCCAUAAACCUACACUCCAACCCACUUUCCUUCCAUCCACACAAUAACUGCUCUCUCUCCCCUCCCAUUCCCCGAUGCCCUGCCUCACCAAACGCCCCUGUCUAACCUGCCUAGCCGUCGACGCAGCUGAAGCCGGAAAAUCUGACGAAGAAGAAGAAAUCUGCCCUCUACUUCCUGGCCUUCCCGACGACCUAGCACUGCUCUGCCUCUCACUCGUCCUCCCUUCCCUUCUCUACUCCGUUUGCCGAUCAUGGCGACGUCUCAUCUAUUCCCAAUCCUUCCCCCCAUUCCUCUCCCUCUACGCCAUCCUGUCCAAAAAAAACACCGGUCCCACUUCAUCUUUCUCUUACCGCCACGACGAUGACGAUGAUGAUCCAAUCGGUCUUUACUGUUUUGACCCCAUCUCAGCCUCCUGGUCCCAACUCCCGUCCCCGCCCCCAAAUCCACCUCUCCAUAGUCUCCUGAUCAACCAUCCUUCUUUCUUAUCCCGAUCCCUCCCGAUCCAAUCGGUCGCCACCGGCACCCACCUCGUCCUCCUCGCCGGAUCCACCGUACAUCUCUCUCCUGCCCUACCCCGCCCGCUAGCUUUCAACCCUACCUCUCGACGCUGGUUAGUUGGCCCCCUUCUCUGCCACCCACGCCGCUGGUGCGCCGCCGGAUCUGCGGCCGGCGCCGUUUACAUCGCAAGUGGUGUCGGCUCCUCCUACCGCCCUGAUGUCGCUCGAUCUGCGGAGAGAUGGGAACCCUCCUGCUGCUCGGCAUCCAGCCGCUGGGAAUCCAUUUCGCCGCUCCGUGAUGGACGAUUCAGCCGUGAGGCCAUCAAUGCUGUAGCCGCAGGAAGAAAACUGUGCAUGGUGAAUGUGCAGGGAAGAGCGGUGAAGGAAGGGGUGGUGUAUGAUAUUGAAAAGGACGUCUGGGAGGAUAUGCCACAGGGAAUGCUUACCGGAUGGAACGGUCCUGUGGCAGCGCCUCCGCCGGCGGAGCAAGGGAAUAUGUAUGUGGUGGACGAGGUGAGCGGGGAGGUGAGGGUGUAUAAGUGGGAAGAGGACAGGUGGCAGGUUGUAGCGGAAGCGACGGAGGCUCGGCAAGGCGCAAUAGUCGCGGCGGUGGGAGGAGGGAGGAUGUGCGUGGCUGUAGCCGGCGGUGGCGCGGUGGAGGUGGUCGAUGUGACGCGACCGGGAAAGACGUGGUCAGUGGAGGUACCGAAGGGGAGAAGAGUCAUCGCCCUCCAUGUGCUUCCACGUAUGAAAGACGAGAAAUUAUGACCGUCAGAUUUCGAAUAGGCGGCUUCCCGCAGGUUUCCCAAAUUUUUUGUUAUUUUUUAUUAUUGUUAUGCCAAAAGGAUACUGCGGGGACAGUUAAGAGCAUUGAAUGCAGAACACAUUACACAUUGGGAAGGCAGAGAAGGAAAAGGACAAAAAUGAUCUUUUUACGGUUUGUUAUUGAUUUAUUCAAUUUUUAUUAAUUUUUAUUGAUACAUUACUUGAUUGGCUGAAAUUGAUCUUCGAUGUAAAAGUUUUUCCUUCAAAGUUUAAUCAAAGAGUAACGCUAACUUAGUAGAUUCUGAUUGAUUUAGUCACGUAAAAAAUUGCUGUGUAUUUGCAUUGGUUAGCAUAGGAAAUACGUAUAUUAUUGAUUCGUGC